AUGAACGCAAGGCGCUGCAUCUUGGCUUUGUUGCUCUGCCUCACGCAGGCUAUUUCUGGCUGUUACUGCCAGGGCACACUCAUUGAAGAAAUAGAAAAUCUGAAGAAACAUUUUAACUCAAGUAGCUCAGAUGUCGGGGAUGGAGGGGAACUCUUCUCUGAUAUCUUGAGGAACUGGCAAAAGGACGGCGAUACAAAAAUCAUUGAGAGCCAGAUUGUCUCCUUCUACUUCAAACUCUUCGAUGCCUUGAAGGACAACCAGGCCAUCCAGGAGAGCAUAGGCACCAUUGAGCAAGACCUGUUAGUCCACUUCUUCAACAGCAGUGAGGAGAAACGGGAUGACUUCAUGAAGCUCAUGAAGAUUCCGGUAGAUGACCCACAGGUCCAGCGCAAAGCUGUCAAUGAACUCCUCGGAGUGAUGUACCGCCUGUCGCCAAAAAAUAGCCUCAGGAAGCGAAAAAGGAGUCGGUGCUGUUUCGGGGGUGGAGCUCGUCCAAAUAAGAACAACGCUGCCAGCAGCACUAUUUGA